AUAAAAUUUUCUCGUACUUUCAUAUAAUUAUUUUAAAAAUUAAUAUAUUGGGAGUUCAAAUCCAAAAAAGGCUGCAGUUUCCUUUAAAGAAAAAUAAAAAUAGUAUAAUUGCUAGGCUGCUGGCUACUACUACUGGUGGCUGUUGAUUUGAUGGCUGAAAUCAUCAUGGAAAGAAUAAUGCUACAAAACGGAAAGAAAUAGGAAUGAAGAGGGAGAAGUUCAAACCAAUCUCAAGACAAAACGAUACAAUCUCACGGCCAAUUUUGCCAACCAAGUAAUUAUCAUAUGCAUCCAAGUAAACCCAGAAAGCAGGAGAAAAGCAAUAAAUCAACAAGAGAUCCAACCUCCCCAACCCCAACUAACACAGAAAACUAUAAAAUGGUUAUAAAAUAGAGCAUAGGAAGAAGAUGUUCAGCCAAAGAACUUGGGAUCAUAGCCAUUGCUGGAGGUGGCCAAGAUGUAGUAAGCAACAAUAUGGCCAAUGGACCCCCAAGCAAGAACAUCCACGAUGUUGAAUCCCACAGGAUCGUUGGAUUUGAGAAGGCUGACAUACUCCUUGGCUCGUGUGUCCCCAGCCUCAAAGUGGGUCAACCCAUUUUGCUCAGGCACUUGCUUGGCAACGUUCUCUCUUUGGAAAUUGAAGAACACAAACCUACCCAAGAAGAGGGAAAGACCAGUGCUGAGACUAAUCACAAUUGGGGCGCUGAGCUCAGCCUUGACAGCAAGCCUAGCAGAUGAGUUUCUUGGGAUGGGGGUGAUCUUGGAUGAGGAUUUGGCCUUGGUGAGGGGUCUUAGGCCUUGGAAUGAGAUGGUGGAGGGGGUGAGAUGGUGGGUGGCAUGUCUCUUUUGGAUGGUGGAGAACAUGGGGGUGAACAAAGUUGAGGAGGCUGCCAUGAUGCCUGCAGAACGUGGAUUAAGAGAAGUUUUGGGGUUCUGGAUAGUGAAAAAACAAAGUAGAUUUUGUUGGAGAUGAUUUAGGGAUGGGAUGUAGAAAAGAGUACAUGGUAAACAAGUUGUGGUUGGAAUGAGAAUGGGAUUCUGAGGAUGGUAAUAGUAGGAGAAAGAUUUUGGAUGUCGACUUGGCUUUGUUUCAUUGGUUUUUUUUAGAUUAGAGGUUUCUGGAUAUAAAUGACAACAGCAGAACAUUUGUUGAACUGUCUUUCAGUUCAGAUUUUUCUUUAAGCUUUUUACAUUUCACUUUUAUUAAAAAUAAAAACAAAAACACUCAUUUAUCCCUCGAAACAAUCCGAACCUAAAUUCAUUUUUGCCCACGACCAUGAAAAUUCAAACUCAAAUUAUCCUGCUAGACAGGAUCAUUGUCAUUUGAAUCCCGAUUUAUGAAAAUAAAAAAUAAAAAAAAUUAAU